AUGUCACGAAUGGUUUUCAACACAAAAGGAAAAGAUCACACAAUUAAGCGGGACGUGUUACACGACAUUUCUGCGUCGUCGUCCUACAAAAUCGGAAGCACGCACAUCGUGUGUGGAGCGACAACAAGUGUCCACAAGAAAGUGAAUGACGGUUCAAACCCUAUUUUAUUUGAGACGAAGUUGCAGUCGAGUGGGUUAUCCAAACAAGCAUCUCCGAAUAUUCAAAGUGUCGAAGUAUGGAUGAACGAAGUGUUUAAUGACCCAGACUUGUUUUCUAAUGUUAACAGACUUGUCGUUUCAACUCCAGACAACCAAACGUGUUAUUACCAACAAGUGCAUUUAGUUCUUUAUAUCAUUGAUGAUGAUGGCUGUGUGUUCGACGUCGCUAUCUUAGCUGCAGUUUCUGCGUUGCUCCAACUGAAUUUAAAUGAUAUCACAAUCGGAGUCGAUGGGCUCUGCCAAAUUGUGAAAGGCUCCGAAUAUAAACUCGACUUCGCAUAUCACCCGGUCCCCUUCUCAUUUUUCUUGCAAAAUGGCGAUGGUGUGCAACAAGCUUAUUUGUCGUUUAUCCUCAGUGAAGACAAAGUAAAUCACGUCAGCAUCCAUGGCGGAAAGGCACUCGUUUCGACAGAUUUGUUAUGCGGAUGCAUCACAAAGUGUAGGACGGUAUACCAGACGUAUCUGGACAGACUCCUCAACUGA